AUCGAUGCGAAGGAAGGCAAAUGGUGGUUUCUCGCCCCCGAGAGACGGCUCUUGUGCACGGAAAUGGCCUUUCACAUCCUUGUCACCGCACUCAAGUACUUUGUCGCGCUUCUCAACUUGUCGUUCAACGUCAAUUUCGUGGCCAACAUCGUCGCGUCGUCGAGUUUAUUUGGUUACUCCAAGGACGUUUUGAAUGGGAUGAAGGCCGACUGCACGGCCGCACUCGCAUCCGUCCUCUCGUUCGUCUCGGUCGUCAUUGGCUGGUUUGACUACGUCUUUUCCUACGUUCUCAACUAUAUCAUGGUUGAGCUCGAUUUCUUUGACCAGUUUACCGGCUGCGGGCAAGGCUACGGCCUCUUGCUCAUUUGGGCAGUCAUGUGGCUCACGACGCUCUUCCUCUACAUUGUGAUCCAAGAAGAUGUGCUCGUCAAGGUCCAAAAGAUCAGCUACUAUCUCCCGUUCAGCUUUGGCCGGGCGGCCGAAGAUCGACUUGAACAAUUUGGUGCGCUCCUCGUGAGCCCCGUCUUGAUUGGCAUCAAGGUUCUCGUGCUGUUCAUUGCAAAGCAGUGGGACGCGUACUCGGAGCACGUGUCGUCGGGGACGCUCUUCAGCCUCACGCGCUACAGCGCGAGUGGCGUCGAGUGCCCGGUCAUGCAAGUCAAUUAUGGCUUCCAGGUCGUCUCGGCGGUACUUCUGGGGGGCUAUUUCUACUUUCUUUUGCCCCUCCUUGUGCUCGACAUUUACAGCUGGAAGCCGCCCACCGACUUGGCCAAGGACGCGGACCGGCUCGCGUUGUCGCACCGCGGCGGUCCCAACGAGAUUCGAGCAGCUGUCGCCAACAACGUCAACUUGGUCGAACCGCCAACAUCGCGGCCAUGUCGGCUCUUUUGCCUCCCGUACCAAUCGCGGUGGCAAUGUCGGCUCUCUUGCCUCCCGUACCAAUUGUUUUGGUUUGCGGGGCGGGGGAAGCGGUUUUUUCGGGAUUAUCGGCGCCAUGACUUUUACAAGCUCACGCUGAAGUACGGCUUUGUCGGCAUUUGGUUUGUCAUUUUGUACAUUUACUCGGUGCUCAUGCUCCAAGCCGUGACGCGCGCGCUCGGUGUCAUCUUUGGGUGGCGCGGCCGGGCCGACUACAUGUACGACAAGCCGCAUUUACGGCCGUACCGGUCGUCGCGCCUCGACCGGAUCUGCUGCCGCUUCAAUUGGUACUGGCGCUACUCGUGGUGUAGCCAAAAGGUCAUCCAGCCCAUGUGGAACUGCAUCUUGGUGACGUUUGGCGCGUGGACGAAGCACGAGUGGACCACGUACGACAUUGAGGAGCGGGCCAAGAACUGUUUCCCGAUGGAGCCCAACAACGAAAUCAAGCAGCUUCAAAUGAUGUCGCUUCACGGCAAGGUCAACAGUUUGAUUUGGCUGCCUUUUCCCAUCGUGGGCUUUCUGGCCUAUGUCUCGGACAUUCUCAACCGAGGACCGAUUCUGAGCUACUUUUUCAACCGCAUGUUUCUCCAAGUCGACAAACCUGCCAACGAACGGGACCCGCAUGUGCGCUGGAAGUUCCAUCAAUGGAUGCCGGAAUGCGUCUCGCGAAAGGGUCACGGCGAGAAGACGGCGACGGUGUGCCUGCCUGACACGUGCUUUUACACGACGUUGGCCAAGUGGGGAAGCUCAGUCUUGGAGCUGGCGAUGGUCAUUGCGCUCAUCGUCGAGCCGCUCCGGAACCCCAACGCCGCAGGCGACAGCGCCUCGAUGCAGUGGAAGGCAAUCGUGGCUCUCAUCGCUGCGACGAUCGCGCCGGCUAUCGAAUUCUACCAGCAAGGUCUCAAGUCCUACAAAAAGUACCUCGAGCUGCGUGACACGGUGCAGAGCACUCUUGACGUGAAAUCGCUGGCGCUGCUAGCCGACGCCGAAGCCCAAACCCUCUUGGGCACCAAAGACGACGACGGCAACAGCAGUGACGAGGCGGAGAGCGACGACGACGACGACGACGACGACGGCAGCAAGGAUCUCAUCGUGCUUGCCGCGUCGCCCGAAACAAGCUUUGUCAUCCAGAGCGACCAACUGGACGAAGGCGAAGGUGUCAUCACCGUCAACUGGCGCGUGAAUGCGUCCCGGCGCUUCCACGCGUUCGAUGCGAUCGGCAUGUUUCCAAAACGAGCGCUUACCGACGCGCUCGCAAAGCGCACGAUGGACGAGUGUCUCUGCUACCGGCGCGUCUCGGAUCUCCGCGUCGAGCCGUUUGGGUGGCGCCCCACCACGAACGCCCAUGGCAACGAACUCUCGAGUGGCAUGCACUCGACCAAGAUGCUCCAGCACGCGCUCUAUCUCGAUAGAGUCACGCAGGACGAGAUCGGCAAGCUCUCGAGCAAAUCGAUGCGCCUGCGCAAGGCGUCACGCGUACCCGCGCCCAACUCGGCGGAUGCAAUUGACGCCGAGUUGGACGCAGCGCCGGAAGUCGUCAACCUCCACGGCGCCACGUCCGUGCUGGAAGCCACACUAGACUCGGACAGAAUUGCACCGUAUGGCAAGCAAAUGUCGGAAAUCUUUCACGACGAGAUGCGCGAGAAUCGAGCCGCGUUCCGUGCACAGCUCGUCAGCGACGCCGACGGUAGCAAGGCGGGUAGCUCCAAGAACGCGCGCGACACGCGGCGCGUGGGCGGCAAGGUCAAGUUCCGGCCGGCCAACAGCAACGAGCACGAGGACCACCCGCAGCACGAAGAUUAUGUCUUUGGCAACAGUGCCGGCAUCUUCCCGUGCAAGUACGGCCUUGAACGCUACGAGUUCUUCUACCUCAAGUACACGGGGCACCACAGUUCGCACACCACGACGACGCCCUUGUACGAAGUGGUUGUCGACACGAGCUGUGAGAACGACGACGUUAAGAGCAGCAGCAACGAUCCGAUCGCUGAGACGCAGCGCGGCGACUACGAGCCGCUGGCCAAGUUCAAGUCCAACACCGUCUCGAUCGGAACCUUCGACCUUUUCAUUCGGCUCACGAGCGACACGCCCCUCGUGUGGGCCAACCAAGCGGUCAACUUGACGUGGGAGAUCUUUGGCGUCAAGUACGACGUUCUCUCGCAUUCGCGGAAUCGCAACUGCAUUGCGUUCUUCAAAGUGAGCGAUAUCCACAACACGCGCAAGUGCGCCAAGGUGGAAAUUGUGCCCCCGUCGGCGUUUCUUAAGCCGCACGGGACGGGGCCAGUCUCGGGGCGGAUGCUCGUCUUUACACCGAGUGAGCCCGGCAUGUAUGAGAUCCGUUUCCUCUUCAACUACUUUCACGAAGCCAAGUUACACCGGCGCUGCCAAGUCUUUGGCCAGCUCGAGGAGCAAAUGCAGCACCAGCGCAUCAAGUACCUCUUCCAGCGCCGCGACCUCGCGCGCACACUGAGCCUCCUCCAGCAGCAAACGCUCGGUGAUUGGACGAAAGCGCUCUUGCACACGUACGCGUGGCUGCAUCCUGUCUUGAGCUACCUCCUAUACAAGCCCGUGAACGACUCGGUCGUCAACAACCCGAGCCUCUUUACGGGCUACAUGGUUCGCGAGGUCACGAAGCAAUUAGCGCUGUUUGCCGAGACGGACGAUUUGCAGCUGCAAGGGUGUAUUGAGAAACUGCUCUCGCCGCUUCGGUCGCCGUCGUUCAUUGCGUUCUUUGGUGACGCGUUCAACGGCAGCGAGGAGAUGCGGACGCACGCCCACACGAUCGAGUUUGUGUCGCCCAACGACGCGACCCGCGACGUGUUCCUUGACGCCAAGACGAAGAGCAUCAAGCGGUGGCCCGCCCUCGGCGCGGUCUCGGCCAAGGAAUGGGCCUCGCCCACGAGAUGGCUCCUCCACGACGACAAGGUGCUCCUGGAUGCGGGCCCGGAACGCUUCGAGGCGCUCGCGCUCGAAUACCUCAGUCGUCCGCUUCUACCAGGUCGCGUCGACAUUCUCGACGAGAUUAUUCUCGACAACCGCGCGCUGCUCACGACCGCUAACCUGGUGGUCGAAAGUGUCGCGACUGCCGCUUGUGGAUUGUACGAACCCGCGAUUGCGAGCGUGGUCCAAAGCUUCCUCAAGCAAGCCAAGCAAGACCAAAAGCUCGGGCUCUUCCAAGACCUCGCGGUGCCGCUGCAAGAUGAAAUCCGCAACCAUAUCCAGCGGCUCAUCCGCGCGCUCUUUGAGACGCACAGCCUGUCCGGUGACCGCUUCGUGGGCUGGGACACGGACGCGGCGCGCCCUCAAUUGGGUUUGGAUGUGCUCCAGCACCAGGCGCUCCGGGCGUGGCUCAAACCGAAGUGCGUGCACGGCAUCGUCAAAGUGCUCAAGCGUCGCUUCGCACACGCGGCGGCGACAAAGCUGAACUGCUGCCGCCGCCACGCCGCAGUUCCUCCGAUGUCCACGACUGCCGUCGAGCAGCGCCAGCCCACUGGUGGCACAUCGGUCGUCUACUUUCUCAGCGAAGCCAAGACGGCUUCGGACGAAGCGACGCAUGCGUCGUAG